AUGGUGAACAUUUCCAGUGAAGUUGGCAAUAUCUCGGGGGAACUUGUGAACAAUACAGCUACCGAAGAAGUACCUUUUUUCUUUAUUAAUCAAACUUCUCAAAUUGUAUUAAUUCUAUUAUAUACGGUCACUGUGAUGUUGGCUAUAUGCGGGAAUGUGCUGGUCGUUGUUGUCUUCACCAAGGGAAAAGGGUGUCGCACUGAUAUUCGACCAUUCCUCAUCAAUCUUGCUGUUGCAGAUUUGAUCAUGGCGGUGUUUUGUUUGCCUUUCACAUUCUCAGCUACAAUGUUAAGAACGUGGAUAUUCUCAAAACCGAUGUGUCCAGUUGUUCUAGCUUUGCAGCAUUUAUCAGUAUCUGCAAGUGUGUUCACGAACAUGGCCAUAGGCACAGACCGUUUUUUGGCAGUGACGUUUCCACUGCGGUCACGAUUAGCAGCGUCCAGAGCUAAAUUGUUUCUAGUGGCUAUCUGGAUAUUUUCUAUAGGCCUUGCUUCUGUGCAACUGUUUGUAAGCAGGGCCAAUGAUGUGUUUUUUGCGGAUUAUCAUUUCAUUGUCUGUGAUGAAAUAUGGGAAACAGAAAACGCUCGGAGAACUUUCACAUUGUUUGUACUUUUUAUUACGUAUAUUAUUCCGUUAUGUAUUUUAUCUGUAACUUAUAGUAUUGUGGGAAUAUUGUUAUGGCGACGGACAUCUCCAGGAAAUGCCGACCAGACUAGAGAUACUAAUCAACUACAAUCCAAGAGAAAGGUCGUUAAAAUGUUAAUCAUAAUCAUUUUGAUGUUUGGUUUAUGCUGGUUGCCUCUACAUACAUUCUUCCUCGUCAUAGAUUUUAAUCCCGAGUUGCUCAAUUACAAGACCACAGCUCAAGAAGAAAUGUUUACUGCUAUUUAUUAUUGUGUUCAUUGGUUAGCCAUGUCCAAUAGUUUUGCUAAUCCAAUUAUUUAUGGCUUUUUAAAUGAAAGUUUUCGGGUAAGUAUUCAUAUUCAAUUUUGA